UAUUAUACGAAUGAUAUGGAAUUAGGUCUAUUAAAAUUUAUCAUACAUUUUAAAUUUGUAGAUAUAAAUGAUCCUUUGAGGACAUCUGCUAUUGUACGCAUGCGCGCUAAAAAUAUUCGUGACGAACAAAGAAAGCAGUUAGUUGAGUUGGGCGCCAGAGCUCCGCGUGGUCAGUUAGAUAGUUGGUGUGACGGUAACAAGAAAGAGGAAGGAUCCAUAAGCCAGGAUAUAAAGAAAAAUGGCACUCUUCCGUUUCAGUUCAAAACGUUGUUUGGAAUUCCAGAAAAAAAAACUUCGAUCGUAUUCACAAGAUCAUUGAGCGAUGCUUCUACUGACCUGAAAAAGGUUCUGGCUGAAAAAAUUCCAAAGGAACAGGAGCGUAUCAAGGCGUUCCGUAAAGCAAAUGGAUCCACCAAAGUUGGAGAAGUUACCGUGGAUAUGAUGUACGGUGGUAUGCGUGGAAUUAAAGCACUUAUAUGGGAACCGUCAGUCCUGGAUCCUGAAGAAGGUAUUAGAUUCCGAGGAAAAUCGAUUCCAGAGUGUCAGAAACUUCUACCAAAAGCUAAGGGCGGUGAAGAACCACUUCCGGAAGGUUUAUUCUGGCUUUUGAUUACCGGCGACAUUCCCACUGAGGCUCAAGUUAAAGCAAUUUCUCAAGAAUGGGCUAGCAGAAGCGCAUUACCUGAUCAUGUGGUCAAAACUCUAAACAGCUUGCCCAAAUCGAUUCAUCCCAUGACUCAAUUCUCUGCCGCCAUCACUCUUCUAAAUAGUGAGAGUGAAUUCGUAAAAGCAUACACGGGAGGCAUACACAAGUCCAAAUAUUGGGAACCCGCUUACGAAGAUACAAUGAACUUGAUCGCCAAAUUACCCGUAGUAGCUGCUACAAUAUAUCGAAACAUCUACAAGGGUGGUAAAGGUGCAGGAAGCGUCGAUGCGGGCAAAGAUUGGUCUUGGAAUUUCGCGAACUUGCUCGGUUAUGAUAACCCACAAUUCACCGAACUUUUACGUUUAUAUCUGACAAUUCACUCUGAUCACGAAGGUGGUAAUGUAUCUGCACACACCACUCAUUUGGUAGGUUCGGCAUUGUCUGACCCAUACCUGUCAUUCGCCGCUGGAAUGAACGGCUUAGCUGGUCCACUUCAUGGUCUUGCAAAUCAAGAAGUAUUAAUAUGGUUAGAAAAGUUGCGCGAAAAGGUUGGAGACAGUCCCAGUGAUGAACAAUUGAAGGAGUUCAUUUGGAACACGCUAAAAAGCGGUCAAGUCGUUCCUGGAUACGGCCAUGCCGUACUCAGAAAGACUGAUCCUAGGUACACAUGCCAGAGAGAAUUUGCACUGAAACACUUACCGGAUGACAAACUAUUCAAGCUUGUUUCUCAAAUAUACAAAAUAGUUCCGCCCGUUCUUACGGAAACUGGCAAAGUAAAGAACCCAUGGCCAAAUGUAGAUGCCCAUUCGGGAGUUCUAUUACAAUAUUAUGGAAUGAAGGAGAUGAAUUAUUACACCGUCCUGUUCGGAGUAUCACGUGCUCUUGGUGUUUUAGCGUCUCUCGUCUGGUCCCGAGCUCUAGGUCUUCCGAUAGAAAGGCCCAAAUCUCUAAGCACUGAUUUGCUUAAGAAACUUGUCGGUGCUAAAUAAACAUCCUUAUUUAUGAAGAAUCAGAAUCAUUAAAAUCUUUUAAGUUCGUAUCAUCAUGACUUCAAAAUUUUAUCAUAGAAAAAAUUAAUGCACAGAAAAUUGAGCUCAUUUCGAAUUCAUUUCAAUAUGACUUCAAGGAAGUCGGUUUAAUUAUUGAAUCUUAUUAAAAAGAUGUGAGGUAUUAAAAUAAUUAUCUCAUGUAAUUAUGUAUUUUUUGAAUGUAGAUGUAUUAAGUUUCGCAGUUUGUUAUAUUGCAAAAACUUCCGUUUUUAGUAUUUUCAUCUUUUAAUAACAUUCUUGUAUUUUUUUCUGUUAAUAACACAGAUUUCAUACAAAUGAAAUGAAGUUUUUGCGACAUGAAAUAAGCUACGAAAAAUAUGAAUUUGUUCGUUAUACGUAGUUUAACUGCCAAGCCUUUUAAAAAAAUUGUAAUACACGCAUUAACAAUAGAUAAAAUUUAUUGUAAAUAUAUUUGUCAUUUUAUGUUUAAUAGUGACUUAUAUAGCAACAAUUUCAAAAAUAAAAGUGAUACAAUUCAUUAUAAUACAAGUUAGUAAGUUAUUAAAACAUUUAUUGGAAGAACUACGUGUGCAUAGUGAAGAUUUUUCAAAUAUUGUAAAUUGAACAGACACUGCCAAAAGAUAUCAGAUAAUUCUUAGUAAAUUACAAUAAUUAUUUUUAUCAUUAGAUGAAAAGAUUAUGAUAAUUAAAAAAUGUUCUACCAGCAAGAAUUUACAAAAUAAUAGUUCUUAGUAAAUUGUGUAAAAUAGAAAAUAAAUAGGGCUAAAAUGUAUAAAAAAAUUUGCAGUGCUAGCGCACCAGUUGUUGGUUUUAGAUUCUUUAAAAACACUAAAAGACACUAUGCUCAAUUACAUCGAGCUAUUUCGAUUAAUAUAAAUUAAAAAAGUAAUGAUCAGUGGUAAAUCGACUAGUACGAGAAUGAGUGAGUGUGUGCGAUACUUUAUUUAUAACAAACGUGAAAAUAAAUAGAUCUUCAAAAAUUA